GUCAGUUUAGUCCAAGUCACUUCUCAAUCAUGUGGAAGAAUCGCUCUCCGUGGCUACUUUUCUUGUUCGGUGUGGAACUGUUUUGCUGCUACGGUGUAUCCGGACUAUGCAGCAACAUAACGGCAUGCAGCGAUGUGAGAGACAACCUCACAAGAGACUACAACCAAAAACUUAAGCCAGUCGGUCAAACCACGAUACACAUGACUCUGGAUAUGAGGGUUCUGAAGGGAGUGACAUGGAAAGACGAACGGUUAAUGUGGAGUGACCGAGAGCCCGACUACCUCAUCUUCGGCAACGACGAGAUAUGGACACCAAAUAUCUACAUUACUGAUGUCAACGAAAAAGGACUAGCUGGUAUAUUCGACGACGGACCAAUCCCUUUAAGGGUGCUCCCUGAUGGCACAGUUGAAUGGUCACCCAAGCUGAUUACAACAUCAGCAUGCGAAGCUCACAUCUUAUAUUAUCCAUACGACUCACAAAUGUGUCAACUGACCAUCACAGAAUCCUCCUACAGAGUCACUGAUGUACUGCUCAAAUCGAACACAACAAUCAACAGCAGCUAUGUUAACAACGGGCAGUGGGAUUUUUCUAGUUCGGUUAAAUCAUCGUCUGACAUGACUGAUGCUCGAGUAUUGGAUUAUAGUGCAAUCAUAUAUACUUUCAAAUUUAAAUGGUAUUCAAAAUUUCAUGCAAUGUUACUUGGGGUGACGUUUCUUUUGCGGUUCAGUAUACAUUUAGUACAUAAGUAGCAAGUACUGGGGCUCAACACAUAUUGUCCGAUUUCUUUACAAAUGAUAUGUGUAUUUCACCGAUCAUGCUAUGUAGCAUCUCUUGCUUGAUUCAGGAGUGUAUAUUGCUGCUGUGAUGACCUGCGGGUGUGCCAUCAUGAUACCAACAGUUAUCUCUGUAUUUCUCUCUCACAAACCAGGUAGGUAUGAUCUUCUAGACACCAUAGGCUCAGCUUUUCUCCAUAACAAAAGCAAUCACAGCGCUGAGAUGAUUCCAACGUGUUUCUCUUUUUCUACAUUUUCUCAGAAAAAACCGACUACUGGUCAUGUAAAUAAUAACCUACGAACCAUGAGGACUAUCAAAUUAUCUGUCCCUCGUGAAUUAAUGUUGAAAGGUACAAAAUGAAUUCACUGGGGACACAUAAUCAUAAUUCAUCUUGGGGGCACGGGUGGCCAAGUCGU